AUGGAUGAGAUAUACCACAAGAUCGCCGAGUUCAACACUCGACGUCUUAAACACUCUCGCGACAUCCUAUCCUUCAAUUACAGCGAACUCUGGUGCAAUGAUGCCACUGGAAUUGUUGACUACCAUGAAGGGAUCGUCACUGUACCCGAGACCGCGUUAUGGCUGGCCACAGAAACAAGAAAAGGAACAACAGGCCCUGAAUCACUAAUUCUUCGAUUUGUCUGGCCUAAAUUUAUUCUUGAAGAAAAUCGUGUUGAGCUACCAGAAGAUGCCAAGGAUCAAAUACUAGAAAAGUUCGGCCUUGGCCUCGCCUACAGCUACUUCUCAAGCUGCGUUGCUGGUGUGGUUGCGUUUCCUGAAGUCGUCAAGCCUGAUACCACCCAACGAGCUUACAGUUUCUGUUACGCGCCCAAACUUGCGUCUAUAUGGUCAUGUACCUCUUUUAAAUCACCAGCUUCACGCCCUCGUGUCACUUGUGGUAUGAUUCUAGCCGGUGACAAGGAGCAGGAAGGCUUGAAGACGCUUCUCAAGAGCAAGAGCAAAUGGCAGCUCAAUACUGCAAGCCACGCACUAUUCCCUGCGUUCCUGUUUUCGUUUAUGUUUCAUGGAGAAAUCGAGAUAACGCAGAACAAUAUGAAGCCGGGCAUUCAGGAGAUAGAGGCACGGACAGGAUACUCUGAUUUCAAGACAAAGCGAAAACAUAUCGCAGCAGGUGAGCUGGGCCCGCUCAGUGCGAAGAUGAGUGGCUUUGCCGUCCGUUUGGCAAGUACAGAAAGGAAAGAUAAGACGGUGCAGAAACUGCUCGAAUUUACUCAGGAACAACUGCGUUUGGGGGGAAGUACAACGCCUGUGGCAGAUGGACUUAUGGAGCAUCACGUCGGGGUUCUCCAGAGGCGGCUCGCUAUGCAGGCUAUGGACCGCGAAUACACGUUGAAAAGAGUUCAGAUCCAGAUCGAUGUGCUGAACAACUUGAUAUCGGAAAACUACAGUCUAUCCAACUCCAUCAUUUCAAUAUCUACUCUUCGUGAUGCUGCUUCCAUGAAGACAUUGGCUUUUGUUACCAUGUUCUUCUUGCCAGGCAGCUUCAUCUCUGCACUCUUCUCGACUGACCUGUUUGACUGGGACAACGCCGAGGGACACGGCAUUGGGAUUCCGGCUACACCACAAUUUAGGCUAUACUGGGCUAUCACGAUUCCAUUGACACUUGUCACGUUUAUUCUCUAUUUUAUAUGGGCCGAGUUUUCGAGCUUUGACCGUAGCCAGAGGAGGGAGCGCAAGAGAUGGGGGUUUCCCAGGACUGAUAGCAUGGAAGCCGAAGAGCAAACAAGGUCUGCGUUGCAAGUAUUGAAAGACCAGCGAGAGCGCAUGAGUGAGGCGUAUGCCAUGGCCAAGAAAAGACAAUUUGUUUUUGGGCGAGGCGAGAAAAACGAGUCGGUUGAUGGGCAAUGA